AUGGUUUGUCCUAGUGCUACAGUAAAUUCUAAAUCCACUCUCGUUUUCGGCAAUCCCGAUCGUCCAUGGACAUCUGGAACCGAGCUCGCUCCUUCGCCGAGGAAGCGGCCAAGAAAUCUCACAAGCUCAGGCAGUCCAUCGCCGCCGCCAACCUCUCCGACGUCGUCUCCGAGGCAUCCAAGCGCUCCAAGGAGCUCGCCGAUCAGAUCACCGCUCAGAUUCCCCCCCGCCGCCGUUGCCAACCUCUCCGACGUCGUCUCCGAGGCCUCCAAGCGAUCCAAGGAACUCGCCGCCGAGGCUCUCAAGCGCGCCGAUCAGAUCACUGCUCAGAUUCCGCCCGCCGCCGCCGCCAUUACCAAUCUCGUCGACUCCAAGCCCCGCAUUGACGACGACGCCGAUCUCGAAAAGUAUGGGGUCACUGAUGAGCUGAGGGACUUUGUCAAGGAAAUUACCAUUAACACCUUCCAGGAUUUCCCGCUAGAAGAUGACUCAGGGGAGUCUGAUGUUCCUAUGGUUUCAAAUAUCCGACAGGAUCUUACUGAGUGGCAAGAAAAGCAUGCAAAGCUUGUUUUAUUAACUGUGAAGGAAGUUUCAAAGCUAAGGUAUCAGCUGUGCCCGCGAGUGAUGAAAGAAAGGAAAUUCUGGAGAAUCUUCUUCAUUCUAGUUAAGGCCAUAUUGCUCCAUGAUGGAGACGAUGGCUUCGAUGAUGAUUUUUGACUGGAUAUAGCUUGGAAAAUGAGAAAAGAUGGCCUAGUGGCAAGCUGGUGAGCGGACAAGAUGAUCGUAGUUUUGAGGUUCAGAAAAGAGCAGUGUUUGUGUUAUGAAGAUAGGCAUGAAGAUGCUGCAAAUUAGCUACAUAACAAUCCAAUUAGCAAUCGUAAAUUCUGUCUUCUUCUCUUGUUAUAUUUGCCUACUGAGUUUUUUCUCUCUUCAAAGUUGAUCAAAGUUUCCCAUAGAGGGUGAAGGGACUUAAGCCCCCAUCCUACCCUUGUUUGUUUCUAUUUUUCUAUUGUUAAUAUUGUCCAAAUUAUCCGAAA